UCAACGUUCGGUUGGUUCCUCCUCGAAGCAGACCAGUUUUCAGCUCUUCACUGCAAUUUCCGAUCAAUCCUCGACGAAUUUCCGACCUAAAGCUCCCUCCUUACAGGUGACGGUUUCAACUAUGGCUUCCUCCUCCUCUGAGCCAACUGCUAAACCAGAAGGAAGCAGUGGCAAUGAUGUUUGUGGUGGAGAAACAUCAGAAACAGCAGGGCCUACAGGAAGUGAUCAGCUAUCUUUGUACAGAGUACUGAAGAAAGCAAAGAAAGAGAGGGUCUGCACAGCUAAAGAACGCAUCAGCAAAAUGCCCCCGUGCACUGCUGGCAAGCGAAGCUCUGUAUAUCGUGGUGUCACUAGGCAUAGAUGGACUGGUCGUUAUGAAGCUCAUCUUUGGGAUAAAAGCACCUGGAAUCAAAAUCAAAAUAAGAAGGGAAAACAAGUUUAUUUGGGUGCAUAUGAUGAUGAGGAGGCUGCUGCCAGAGCAUAUGAUCUUGCUGCUUUGAAAUAUUGGGGUCCUGGAACACUCAUUAAUUUUCCAGUAACAGAUUAUACAAGGGACCUUGAAGAAAUGCAAAACCUUUCAAGGGAGGAUUAUCUUGCAUCACUUAGAAGAAAGAGCAGUGGAUUUUCGAGAGGAAUCUCUAAAUAUCGUCCACUUUCUAGUAGUCGGUGGGAUUCACAAUUUGGUCGUUUACAAGGAGCUGACUAUUUCAGCAGCAAACAUCAUGGUGACUGUGGUGAUGUCACUGCAGAUAAUGAAUAUGUAGCCGGUUAUUGCAUGGACCAAAAAAUUGAUUUGUCAAGUUAUAUCAAGUGGUGGGGAGCCAGCAAAGCUCGUCAAGCAGAUUCUUAUGUAAAAGGGACAUCAGAGGAAACCAAGCAUGGUUGUUCUGAGGAUACUGGUAAUGAAGCUUCAGAAUUGGCAGUUCAGCCAACUGAACCCUAUGAGAUGCCACGUCUGGGCUUGUCACAAAAAGGAAAAAGUCAUAAAAGCUCCACAACUUCUGCUAUGAGCAUUUUGUCACAAUGUGCAGCUUACAAGAAUUUGCAAGAGAAGGUAGCAAAGAAGAAAGAAAAAGUUGAGAAUGAUGAGAAUGAAAACAAAAAUACUAUCAACAAAAUUGAUUAUGGGAAGACAAUUGAGAAAUCAAUACAUGAUGCUGGAAAUGAGAGGCUUGGAGCUUUAUUUGGAAGUAGUGUAGGAUUAACAAUCAACAGAAACAUCCACCCGCUCACUCCUAUCUUGUCCGCUCCCCUACUAACCAACUACAACAGCAUAGAUGCCUUAACAGACCCUGUUCUUUGGACGUCUCUUGUUCCUGUUUUUCCUUCAGGAUCUUCACGUGCUACUGAGGUCACAAAGCACGAGUCUGGUUCGGAUUAUACUUUUUUCCAGCAAGAAGACUGAAUCUCUCAUAAGAUGAAAGUUGUUGCUACAGACUUAUGGUGUCCAUCUAUGAGUUUAAGUUGUUGAAGGGUGGGCAAACACUAAAUUUUCAGAAGGUUUGUACUUUGUAUAAUUAUAGCUUUUCCUGAAUGUAAAAUGGUGAGUUCCCUGAGAUAAUGGUUCCUGCAUGUAGAAAUGUAAAAUAGCCGAUGAUGUUUAUUUAUUUAUUUAUUCUUUCUUUCUUUUAGACCAGUUUGAUUCAA